UGAUAUCUUGGAUAUGUUUCCACACCUGUGUUCAUAUGAAGGAUUGGUGAUUCGUCAAAUGUUUGAGAGAUUGUAUCCUAACAGAACAGAAGGUCUCAAAAUCGAGGAUGUCUUCUCUCAGUGUCUAUCUUAUUCACCGUCCAGAUUCUCUAGAGUAGAAGAUGAUCACAUUCGAGGAUGCUUGAGAAUAAUUUCUCAUAUGCCAAUUCGCGGACAAAAAAGAACGCUGGUAGGCUGUCCAACUGUAGGCGAAGAACAUUCGGCUUCAAUUUUAAUUCGUUGGAUUGGGGAGUGCUUAGAUACAUACGUGGCAUCCCCCGCAACUGAUUCCAAACUACACAUGGUGUGCGUAGCAAGCCCGAUGAAAAGAGGAAAUUAUGCCGUCAUUUGUGAGAAAAAAGUUAUAUUCGAGACUAACAAUUCUAUUCAUGCAGUGGAAAUUUUAUUCAAAUGCCACGCAGUUCUCGGAGUGGAGGUGCCACCUAAUUUUAGAAUGUUUUGGGACUUUCUGGCAUGUGCCAUAUAUAAUAUAAUUCCGCACAGUCAGAGGACAACUGUGAAUAGACUCGUCCAGACUUUUAUUGAAGUUUCCCGCGCACGUAUUGACAACAAAUAAAAGGACAACUUUUUUAUACAAUACUUACUAAAAACCAUAAAAUUUAA